AUACAUGCAACUCUAAUGAAUCAAUUCACAUCGAAGAUAAAUCAACUCAAUAUAUCGAAACUAAUGAUGAAGAAAAUAAUACCAAUGAAUCCACUCAACAUAAUAUCAGUGAAGCGAUUUAUAUUACAGAUGAUGAAUCUAUUCAACCUAAUAUUAGCGAAAUGAUAUAUAACACAGAUGAAUCAAUCCAAUCUAAAGAUGAGAUAAAGUAUAUCAACAACCCAAUUCAACUUGUAACUAAUGAUGAAAAUUAUAUCGAUGAAUCCAUCAAUAGAUUGAUUCAUAAUACAGAGAAACCAAUGCACGCUGAUUUCACAGAGACUAAUACGAUAAAAUAUACCAAUGAAUUAAUUCAAAGUAAUCUCAACUUUAAUAAUGAAUCGAUUCAAUCAGACCCUACUAAAUCGUGUAAAAUAAAUAACAUUCAUGAUAACUAUAUUAAUCAACAAAAUAUCACAGAGCUCUUUGACAUCUACGGAAAUAUAUAUUAUAUCAAUAAUCAAUGA